AUGAGCAGAAACAUGAAAAGGCAGCUGGAAAAGUUCAAAGAGGAACUAAAAUCGAACCUAUCGCGGUCCAGCAAGGCGGAAAAGAAUGCCGACGGACUGCAGGAAAUCGAGCGUGAAGUCGACCGUUACAAAGACAUACUGCAGAACCUUAACAAGCGGAUAGCGACGAACAUUUCCGCCGGCCAGACCCAGGAUGCGGUGGUACGCGAGAAGCGGUGCAAGAAGGUGCCCGAGUUCCAGCUUGGCCAGUUGAUGGAAGAAUCGGUCAAGGAUCUACCCGCCGGUCUGCUGAAGGAUGUGCUGGACACGUGCGCACGCGUCGAGAAGCGAAUAGCGACGGAAAUAGUGAACAGCGAGAUAAAUGUGGAGAACUCCGUCAGCAAAAAACUUAACGAAAUCAUCGAGCGCCACUUGUCCACGAUCCAGAAGCAGAAGCGCGUCGUCACCAAGUGCCACCAGGAGUAUGAGGCCUCGCGACAAAAGUAUGAUUCGGCCCAACGUAACAGUGAUCAAGCGGGAAAUCAGGCAAAGAUCAUCCAGCUGAAAGAUGAUCAGGAGGAACUGCACACGAAGCUUGAGAAGGAGCGCGAUCUGUACGAAUCGUACAUGUACGAGCUGCUGGCGGAGGAGGAAAACAUUGCACUGUUCGUGAAGGAGUAUGUGCAGCAUCAGGAGCUGCAUUUCACAAAUGUGUUGCGGGAAAUACAAGACACGAUGCAAAGCAUGGACGGAUUGUUCCGUCGGAAUAAUAAGCAAAUCUUCAACACACCCCUACGGGAUCAUCUGAAGGCGACGGAUCGUAAAAUCGCUUACGUGAUCGAACUGUGCGUCUGCUGCCUGUUAGAGAAGGGCCUGUACGAGGAAGGGCUGCUGCGAGUCGGCUGCGCCUCAUCCAAACUACGUCGCAUGAUUUCUGCGAUCAACGCUAACUAUGUUUCACCACCGCUAGCGGACAAAUACUGCGAUCCGCACGUUGUUGCGGGUGUACUAAAAAAGUACCUACGAAGCCUACCCGACCCGCUGUUAACGUUCAAGUUCUAUCCGGGCUUUGUACAGGCGGCCCAAAAACCUAGCGAUGCACAGCGAAAGGCGGCCAUCCUCGAUAUCGUGAAUCAGCUCCCCAGGGAAAACUAUGACAACCUGCGCUACCUGACCAAGUUCCUGUCCUAUUUGGCCGAGAAGAAUCAGGAGAACAAAAUGUCGCCGCAAAAUAUUGCGAUCGUAAUGUCGCCCAACUUGCUGUGGUCACCGAAAGAGAAUGAAAACUAUAUGGAUCAGGUGAACAGUACUGCCACGGUUAACACGAUCGUCGAGGCGCUCGUGGCCGAUUGGGCGUUCUUUUUCGACGGUGAGGUUAACUUCUAUGCCAGCAUGACUCGCGACGCACUGUUCCCGGACAAUGGGGGGUUCCCGUUCGACAAGGAUCAGCAUGUACGGAGUGUUCCUAGUGCCGGGAGCGAUAUGAUGUCCCGGUCGAUGUUUGUUACAUCGUCCAGCGGCGGUCAACCGACGGUCGCAGUGACGUUAACGGGUGGUAGCAGCCAGGAUGAGUUGCGCCUUGGGCGUGGAGAGGGUGGUGGAGGUGGAGGAGGCGGUGGUGGUGGUGGUGGAAUAGGAGUGUCACAUUCCCGCAGCAGUAGCCACGAUACUAGUCUUAUUCUAAUCAAUAGUAAUAACAAUCAUAACAACAGUGGUGGCGGCAGUACGGAUCAGCUAAAGUAUCGCAGUCAGUCGAACAGUUCACUAUCGGAUCAUUCCAGCCCACCGCAGGAGUACAGCCCGAAGCUACCUAUCAGACGGAAGCACAACAAACAGGUAGCGCCAACGCCACCGGACAACCAUCAGCACCAUCAUCACCACAACAAAGCAUCCCGGGAGGUUAACAACAAGCUGCACUCGACGCACUACUUUAAGCAACUGAGCAGUUCGGCAGGUUCGGCAAGCGGCAACCAUAAUGGGGAUGGCGAUGAUGGGUUUGCAUCGCUUCAGCAUCACGCGUACAAGCAGGCACAGGCGGAGUACGAACGGCAGCCCAUGAUGCGCGCCGAAAGCCACGACAAUCUGCUGAAACUGAAGUCGACCGAUAAGAUACCGCCACCGCGACCGGCCGCCGUCAGUGUUGACAGUCAGGUGCUGGGUAAAAUUAAGGCCAGCGUCGCUAACAGCACCCUACAGCAGCAGCAGCACCAAAACAAGCAACCAAAUGCUCCCAAUUGUGAUACAACUAGCAGUAGUAGCAGUAGUAAGGAGAACAAGGAAAAUAACAACCGGGCGACUUCGGCAGGUGCGGGUCCGUCUUUCCCUCCAUUGAAACCAGUGGCCCUGCCGAGGACAACAAUUCCCGGCUUGUCGUCGAAAGCUGGAGGCGCUGCGACGAGUGGGAACAGCAAUAACAAUAACGAUGACGCUGGUGGAGAUUUCGGUUCGGCUGGUGGAUCUGCCGGUGUGGUAGUGCGGGAGAAACCUGUCAUUCCCGAGCGACCCGCCACGCUGCAGCGUCCGAUGAGUUUCAAGGGUUCGAUACCGGAGAUAUCGAAGGUUAGCGAAGGCACCAACACCAUCAUUAGCGGAUUGACGUCAUCUUCGGCGAGCUCGCUCAAGAAAGCGCAAAGCUUCCGAGGCGAAACGACGGGAGGCAAUCGAAUAGGUGCGUCGGAUAAGCCAACGGAUCUGGAGCGUGGUACGCUCGAACGGACGCAAAUUUACAACAUCGACAAGCAGCAGGUUGCUUUCAUAGACGUGGUGGAGCGGUCAUCGGAUGAGGAUCAAAGUUCGGGUACUGGACUGUCGAAGAUGAAGCAAUCGAAUACGCGCAAGGAAAAACCGGAACCAUUACCCGCUAGUGCCGUAAACAGUCAGCUGCUGGAUACGGCCGGGGGUUCCAUCGGUACCACUGUUCCCCAAGGUACUCCACCGCUCGCAAUGAUGGAAUCGACUGGAUCACUUGGCAGUGACGUUCAAUCACCCGUCAAUCCAAUGCCACCACCAGCAUCGACACCGAGCGGGACAACGACCGCGCCCAACAACACCGCCAGUUCUAAUGCUAGCACCACAACCUCUACUAGUCUGCAGCAUGUUCCACAGUCGCCGCGGGGUAUUGAUUCGAAAAUCAAGCGACCACAGGUACCAGCCCCACCACCACCGGUCGGGCGACCAAAAUCGUCCGACUCGACCGAUUUAUAA